CUCCAGUUGUGAACCGAUACAACAGAAGAGUAUCAGUUUGUGCUGAAGCUUUCAAUCCAGAUGAGGAGGAAGAAGAUACAGAACAAAGGGUAGUUCAUCCAAAAACUGAUGAACAGCGAUGCAGACUGCAGGAAGCAUGUAAAGAUAUCCUACUUUUCAAAAACCUAGAUCAGGAGCAGCUGUCUCAGGUUCUUGAUGCCAUGUUUGAGAGGAAGGUGAAACCUCAGGAACAUGUGAUUGACCAAGGUGAUGAUGGAGACAACUUCUAUGUCAUUGAGCGGGGAUUGUAUGAUAUUGUUGUAGCAAAAGACAACCAGUCACGCUGUGUGGGCCGCUAUGAUAAUCACGGCAGUUUUGGGGAACUGGCGUUGAUGUACAACACUCCUAGAGCUGCCACCAUUGUUGCCACAACAGAAGGAGCCCUUUGGGGACUGGAUAGAGUGACAUUCAGAAGAAUUAUAUUGAAAAACAAUGCAAAGAAGAGGAAGACAUAUGAAUUAUUUAUCGAGUCUGUGCCCCUUCUUAAAUCCUUGGAGGCAUCAGAGCGAAUGAAGAUAGUGGAUGUUAUAGGGGAGAAAGUGUAUCAAGAUGGGGAACGUAUAAUUUCUCAGGGCGAUAAAGCAGAUUGUUUUUACAUUGUAGAAUCUGGUGAAGUAAAAAUCUUGAUUAAAAGCAAGACUAUGACAAGUAAAGAAGCUAACCAGGAAGUGGAGAUUGCCCGGUGUCACAGAGGGCAGUAUUUUGGAGAGCUUGCGCUCGUUACCAACAAACCCAGAGCAGCCUCUGCCUAUGCUGUUGGGGAGGUCAAAUGUUUAGUUAUGGAUGUGCAAGCAUUUGAGAGGUUGCUUGGACCCUGCAUGGACAUUAUGAAGAGGAAUAUAACACAUUAUGAGGAGCAGCUUGUGGCAAUGUUUGGCUCUAGCAUGGACCUGUUGGAUCCAGGGAAUUAGGCACAGGGUACCUCAAUGCCUUCUUAGUUCAAGACACAGAAAAGCCUCCUAUCAGCAACACAACUCACAAGGAAAACGGACACUAUGGAACAGUUACUGCUGCUGUCUUCUUGGGCAUUUUAGAAACCAUAAACAAGUCUCAGCACAGAUGGAUUGCUCACUCCCUGCCUCCACUUUGCUGCUGAUACUUCAUUAUUAGACCUAGAUUAAAGAUGAUCCUAACCCUAUGUUCACUUACUUGGUUCAGAAUGGCAUCUGUCCAACAGUUCAAGUGCCUGAAACCCAAAGUGUGCAAGAUAUAGAAGCCUCCUUCCUUCUGGUGUUACUGUUGGGAUAAAUUUUCAGAUCAGAUUCUGUAGUGGGAGUUUGCCUGUUCUGCAGAGGCAACCUGUGGAAUAUGAGCCUUUUAUGGGCUUACUACCUUCAUCUGAUGCUUUCCUUACACAAUGUCAAAUUUGCUUUUAAUUGUAGCAUCUGGGUUUGAA